UAUCAGACUGAUGCUACGUUACACAAACGCAUUUUUCGAUAAUUCAUUCCCAAAGCUGUGAUUUACAGGAGACUAUCUGAAAUUAUACAACUGCUGGUUCUAUCAGAGUGUGCUUUACGGUCUCGUAGACAUGGUUUACAUGCUUUGUAUCGGUAUAAACUAGUAGUGGUUGAAUAUAAUAGAAUAGGAUAAACUUACAAUAUGGGAUGAUUAAUUCGUUCAGUGUUUUUAUAUACUUUUGCGAUAUCAAUGGAUCUGGAAUAAAAAUCCCACAGUCAAUAUUUGAUUACUCAAGGCUCUUAUCUAACAACAUGGGAAAUGUUGUGAAUUAUCUGUACAGAUGUUCGGGACUAGUUGUUAAUUUUGCUGUGUUAUUCCAAAACGCAUUUUAAUAAUAAAAGUUUGAAAUAUUUAGUGUCCGUUGGGUAUGAUUAUAGGACAAAUCUCGAAAUUGUAAAACAUUUAUUCGGGAUUCGUAAUUAUUUUAUGUGUCUGGAGAUAGUGUAAUUUACUACCUUAGUAACAUUUAUAGUUGGAUUACAAAUGAUAUACCAUUUUUUCAGUCUGCUAACAGAUUUUUCUUCAAAACAAUGAAAUACAUCAUUGUAAAUUUCCUAUAAAAGUCAGAGGAUUUUUUGUUUCUGUUAUUAACAGCAAAACAGUUAAAGAUGACAAACGAAAGGGCAACAAGUACUAGGUAGAAAUAUUUAAACAAACAAGUGAAAAUUAAUAUGAUAUCAGUUGUUUGAAAUAUGGAAUACUGGUGGACAUGAGCUACAGAUAUUUCGAUAUGGAAAUCUGUCGUGUCUUUGCAUUGUAUGUCCUGAUAUGCCUUGUAGACAUUUCAAACUGCUAUUCUUAUAACUUGUCACAAAGUACACCCGCACCAGAGUUUCUUCCAGCACCCUUCAACGUUAGCUUUCAUGUAGGUGAUUUGGCUAUGCUGAGCUGUGGUAUCAACAACUUAGGAACGAAAACGGUUGUAUGGCGGCGCCUCGACAGUUCAUUUCCACUUACUUCCGGUAAAAUGACAGUAAUUGACGACAAACGUCUCCAAGUCUCUCACGUGGUACACAAGAACCAAUGGGAUCUCAUGAUUAAAGACGUAAAGCUGGAAGACGAUGGCAUUUAUGAAUGUCAGAUUUCCUCCAAAGAUAGGACUGUACGAAGACUAGUGACUCUACACGUAGUUGAACCCAAAGUGGAAAUACCUGAAAUAAACAUUACUGAACCCCAGUACGUGGAACGGGGUGAAACAAUAAAACUACAAUGUAACGCUACAGGAGAACAUUACCCACCAGAGGAAAUGGACUGGUUCAGGAACGGACAAAAAAUUUCCUCACAAAGACGGAAAGGAAUUCACAUAUCAAAACAGUUUUCAAUAAUAAAAAGGAAAUUUACUAGUGUUCUAACAAUAGACAGAGCAGAAAUGACAGACGAUGGAACAUACGUGUGUCGCUCAUCAAAUAUGCAAAUAACAAGUACAAAAGUAAUUGUUUUAAAUGCUGAAACGUCACCAAUUAAAAGAGGGACAAUCGGUGAUAAGCCAAUUGAUAAAGGAUCUUAUACAUCAAGAUCGGCGGCGGCACGUAUUCCCAGGACAUUUCUGCUCAAUACAGUGUUAUUAUUUGUUAUUCUUACAUUGAGAGCAUUGCCUUUGUACCCAUCGUGAUAUUGGUCUCCUGGGAAAGUUUCAUUAUCUCGACGUCUUUAUAUUGUCUGCGGAUGUAAGGCAGAAAAAAUACUAUUAAAGAUGGCUUGUGUCCAAAUGAAUGAUCAGCACGGCAGAAUCUAAAAUUGAUGCAGUAGAAACAUAAUUUUAAAGUGAAAAACUAAGCAUCGCUUCUUGUUGCUUGUGCAGUCGUGUCGAAGGCAGGCCGAUAGGCCCGUGGAAUUGUUGGAGGCCUUAAGUAAACUUUUCGUAAAAAUGAUACUAACUGUAUGGCAAUGAAGUCGAAGAAGUGUCCUAAUGACUGUGACAUUUAACAUGCACAGUGAAAAAUAUAGAUAAAUGUUAUACAAAUAUUGCUGACUUGGAGUUUCAAAACUACAGUACAUUUUGUAUGCGGAAUUAUUUUAUUUUCCACAUAGUAUAUUUAGAUUGUAGACAGUGAAGCAUUAAAUUGAACAUGUCUCAUCAAUAUCGACCAAAUGUUACUUGUUUUAAUAUUAGACUUUAUUUAUUCUUGAUUGUGAGACGGUACAUUGUGGAGCUUGUUCAAAUGCGGUUCAUUACCGUCAACCAGAGUGUGUUACUUAUCUUUAUUACAAAUGCUUUUAACACUACUAUAUUCGUAUCAUUGCUUGCCUGAUAUAUUUCAGUGACUUGAAUACUGUUUCAUUUUUACCUCAUCGGGAAGAACUAUGCCAGUUUCAUCAUGAUUUCAAAACAUAUAAACCAACACUGAAUAGAUUGGCAGCGCAUCCAUAAGCAUUAUUAUUACAUGGCUAUUUAUGCAUUGCCGGUCCACGAUUUGUGCUAUUUACUGAUUGUUCAACAUUAUAUGUUGCUGGGCAAAAGUGAACUGUUGGAGAAAAUGAAUAUGAAAAUUAUUUGUAAUGUCAUGUAAUAAAACCUCGGGAAAUAGUUUUGACCAUUGACCGACACGCUUCUAAAUAAAUAAAUAUAUAUAUUGUACCCCCCGUGUCUAACCGGUAACACCGAUUUGUGGUAGAAAUAAUGCCGACAAACUCAACCUCGUAAUGCAAAAUCAGACACGUCUCACUGAUAUUUUUUCAGAUCAAUUUGAACCAUCGGAUAUCGAAGGUACUUUUAGCACAAAUCGGUUAGAUCCGUUAAGACGUGUGAUACUUCUUUCUGUACAAAAACGUCUUGUAUAUAGCAUUUGUAUUAAAAUAUACUUCAGUUCCGUCAUUUCAAACAGUAACUGCUAUAAGUGUCCCUUAAUGUGCUUUUUGUCUUCAAAAAUAUUCAUGUAUAAUUGAAAGAUUUUGUUUUUUGUAUAUGUUUUAUCAUUAUGUAAAUUCUUAUAUAUGAGGAAUUUUCAGAGCCAUAAAACGAGUAACUUAACCUUUAAACACCUAGUGCUCAAAUCUUAUGUACCUUUGCUGAUAUUACUGACAGGAAGUGGAAUUAAACAACAUCAUUUCAAUUUCAUGGACUGUUGCUUGAAGAAUUGAAAGAAAUUUAUAUGAAACUUGAUUUUUUUUUUUAAAUUAAGUAGUAUUGUAGACAAGAUAUAAUUAUUAUCAUCAUUUACUACUGCCUUGGUCACUUGAAUAAACUUAGACAAUUGCAUCUUUUAACUAUCUAAGUUUCUUUCAAAUUUCAUGUCUUCGAAGUGCACAUGGCACGUGUUUUGUGCAUCGUUCCAAAAUAUUAUAUAAGUGUCAGUAUAUUUUGUUUUCUGAAAUACUUGAAAAACUGGGCUGGUACUAUUUUUGAAUAAGAGUAUUUUUAUGUACUAACAAGUUGAAUAGAUGAUGCACAAAGUAAUCAGUUAUCUAUUUCCUUUUUAAAUACUCGUUCAAUUGUGAAAAAUUUGCAGUGAUUAUUUGUGCUUUAUUUGAAAAGAAAGGACGACUUGUUUUACUAUUUUGUUGUUUGUAUUGUAUGAUGUUUCUGCUAUGGAAUUUAACUACAUAGAUAUUUACCUUAAAAGGUAUUAUAUGUUUCAUUUUAUAUUCGCAGAACAAAUACUGUAUAUGGAAGGCAUCACGUGUGUCUGGAAUUUGGUGCCUGAAAUCAUUAUAUUCUUAAGUGGAAUAAAUGAAAAUCCAGUGACAUGACUCUUUUGGUGAUUGUUUUUUAUUCAAAUCUGUAAUUUUAAGACGACGUAUAACUUUUUAUGAAAAUAGCUUCAUUAAAAAUAAAUUCAGAAUACCAUUGCACGCACAUCAGGAUACAUAAAUCAGUACAAGAGAUAAGCACCGAGCAAAAUGUCUUACAGUUAAUGUAUGACUGCUUGCCUGGCUUAUUUAUUUACAUUAUUUUAUCCUCGUGCUGUUCUGGUGUUUCUCGAAAAAGUUGUGAUACUUUUAGUUUUACAGUACAGUCCAGUCGAGGCAGAUUUGGUUACAACAUCUGUCUUACAAACGUUCAUAGCGCAUUUUGAAUUUACAACUAUGUUUCAUGCUUGUACAUGUAGGUUUUUUUGUUUUAGUUAUAUUUACUACACUUUAUUGUUAGUUGUCGGGCCGGACCAUUCAAUACGGGUGUGCUUUAAUGUAUGUUAUGUGUGAAAUUGAAGUAGUGGGAGUAAACAACCAGGGUCACUAACACUAAUACAUGUUUACUGAAAAACAGAAAUGAUGUCAAAAUUAAAGUUGUUCAUGUGGACCCUGCCACCUGAAAGAAAGUAGGUAAUAACAGUCCAAAUAUAGCUGGUAUUGUGAUGUCGGUUGUAGAUAAUGUAUUAAGUUUUACACGCUUGGAAUAUUGUUUAAUCUAGAAGCAACAUUGAAUUCCAGAUUUAGGACAGAUAUAGAUAGACAUUUGUCUCAGUGACUGGAAAAAUACGUUCCGAACAGCGUUAGCUCAAAUUGUCUUAACAACCGUAGGGAGAGCGUAGAUCUAUGGAUCGGUUGGGGCGUAUGUUCUAUGUGACGAUUUGAUAACAUUGUGUCUGAAAUCAUACGUCCUCCACCUCUGAUUAAUGUGGGGAAGUUGGCAGUUACUUGCGGAGAACAAGUUUGUACUGGUGCAGAACCCAGAAACACUGGUUAUAAUAGGCUAACUGUCCGCUGUUACAUAACUGAAAUACUGUUAAGGUAGUUCUGCACUUUUGGAUCGAAAUUUUUUCUACAAUGUUGAAUUUGAUUAAACUCUGAUUUUUCAAAACUUCGGAAUAUAUUAAGAAAAUUCAGCAAAUAAAAAAGAUAGGGUCAUGUGCUUGAUUUUUUGCUAGACUGGUAUGAAAAAUUUAGAUCUUACGCAAUUUUUCAUAAUGGGAGUCUUUGGGAAAAUCGCAACUUUCAUAACAUUUUCGCGAAUAGAAAUUUUUCUAAAAUGUAGAUUUUAAUGAAACUUCUCACAAACGUUAAUAAACAUAUGGUCUAUAAUAUUGUAAAAUAAAAUGUAUAGGCCCAUGUGCUUUACUUUUGAGAUAUUUGGUCAUGAUUAAAGUGAACUGCCCAUUUCAUGCUAUAUUUAAGACAUUAUUUUGAAUCAUUUAACGUGUCACAUGUUUUCAUAUGAUGUUUUAACUUUAGAAAGAUACUAGCAGUACCAUUUUAAUAAAUCAAUUCACAGGUUGCCAUUAAUUCAUAAACUGAUUUUCAUUUCCGUACGCCGAAUCCAGGCUUUAUUCUACGUUUUCCGGAAAACAGACGUUGCGCCAUCACUUCCGGUUUUUCAAACGUGCAGAACUACCUUAAAACGGCGUUAAACUCAAAACAGACAAACAAACAAAUUGUCUAAAAGCGCAAUUAAUUAAACUGUGAAUAAUACCAUUAAGUGUUUAUACUUCGCCCAAAUCUCUAAAACCUAAGAUGCACAAAAAUUAGUUUUAUAUGACUACUUUAGGCCUAAAUAUAUGUACAGGAGAUCUGUUUGUGUAUCUUAAUUAAAGAAAACAUGACAAACUAAAGCUUUACACAAUCCAGUGCAAAAUAGGAAACAUAUGUAUUUUGUUUUAAAUGUAAGUGCUUUGCAUUGUGUUAAAUUUGUUCAUUGUGUAAGACACGUUUAAUGUUUAAGUGUUCCACUCAGUUUUCAUCUAGUAUGCCUGCACAGCGUUUUGAUAUUACCAUGAAACAUUGAUGAAUGUGUAAUAUUAUGUAAUACAUACAUUGUUACAUUUUUUGUUAAUAAAGUAAUUUUGUGUA